AUGUCCUCCUCCUCCCGGACGUCUACCGUGCUGACUGUGGGGGCAGUGACGGUUCUCAGCGGUCUUGUCGCCUAUGCCGUCUAUUUCGACUACAAGCGGCGAAAUGACAGCGACUUCCGCAAGAAGCUGCGGAAAGAGAAGAAGAAAGUCACCAAACAGACGCAACAAGCUCAGGCCGCUUCCGAGGCUGCCUCAGAGGUCAGCCCGGCAGCAAUCAAGCAGGCCCUCGCGAAAAUCCGGGAGGAGGAAAUCCCGGCUACUCCGGACGAGAAGGAGGGAUACUUCAUGAUGCAGGUCCAAAUUGGCGAUCAACUCGUCCAGAAGGGUCCGUCCUUUUACCUUCCCGCUGCCUGCGCAUUCUUCCGGGCACUCCGUGUCUACCCUUCUCCUGUGGAGUUCAUUAUGAUGGUCCAGUCGACUCUUCCUGCACCCAUCUUCAAGAUCUUCAUGGAGUUGGUGAACGCCGAUGUGAGUAUGCCUACCUCGGAGACCCAGUCGGCGCAGCGUGAGGAGCCAGCAGAGGAGGUCGCAUCUCGUGUCGAAGGUUAUUACGAUCACUUCCCGCCCAAGGGCAUGAAUGUCUCUAUACACGCCGGCGAAGCCCAAGGCAACCAGGCUGCCAAGAAGAUCCUCAUUGCCUCGAAGGACUUCGAGGCCGGUGACAUCAUUUAUACGGAAAUUCCUCUUGUCGUCGCUCUAGACGCUGACCUGGAAGGCAAGGGCACCCACUGCUCGUACUGCUUCCGCCCCAUCGAGGAAGGUCAGGCCGUUGCCUCCGAGUCCGACAAGAUCGGCGCCGUCUUCUGCUCGAAGGAUUGCCAAAGCAAGGCCAACAUAUCCUGGCACAACAUGCUCUUUGGCCGCGAUUCCGUCCUCCCGCCCGAGCUCGACCCCGGCCAUGGCACGGACAUCGACGACGGGCGCGAGACCGCGCAGACCGCGUACGUCGCGUGGCUCCAGGAGAAGAAGGCGAAGCGGGCGAACAUCCUCGGCGCGCGCUUCGUCGCGAAGCAGAUCGCGCUCGAGACAUCGAAGCUCAUCAAGGACAAGAGCAGCCCGCUCCAGGCGGAGCUCGAGCAGAUCGCGGGUGGCGGCGACCUGUAUAGCGUCUCGGACCACAUGGAGCGCCUGCGCUUCAUCGAGGGGCAUGUCACGGACGAGGAGAUCAAGCAUCUCAAGGCUGUCCUUGGUGCGGCGUUGCCUGGUCUGGAGCAGUCGGUCACCGAGGAGCGUAUGGCGGUUCUUGUCGGCAAGAUGGCGUACAACGCGAUCGGUGUGUGCCCUGAUGGUGGCAGGGACGACAAGCCCGUCUCCGAAGAGCGUCCGGAGGACCAAGAGAGGACACGCACGCCCUUUGGCACUCAGCGCCAGGUCGGCAGCGGUCUCUACCUCGUCUCAUCCUACCUCGCCCACUCCUGCGAUCCGUCCACCCGUCCAUCCUUCACCGUCGGCUCGACGCAGCUCCAGCUCAUCGCGAACCGCCCUAUCAAGAAGGGCGACGAGCUCACUAUCGCGUACGUCGACGUCGGCCAGCACCCAGGCGAGUCCACCGAGCAGGCGCGCCGCCGACGCCGGGUCGAGCUCGCGCGUGGCUGGAAGUUCAAGUGCGAGUGCGAGCGGUGCGUGUCCGAGGUCGUGGAGGACCUCGAGAAGGAGGACGCCGAGCUCGGGAUCGCGAAGGACGAGGCGAAGGUGGAGCAGGUCAUGCGCCACGAGACCCUCCCUGGGGCUGCCAUGGGCCCCGACUAG